AUGGAUUCUCUGAACAAUCGUUCACUUUCGACAGAUUGCGCUCAAAGCCAAAGUUCUGCUGCUUUCUCUAAAGCUUCUGAAGCCACCAGAAGUUUUCACAUUCAAAAUCGCUCGCCCGAACAGCUCCUGAUGAGCGCUUCUGAAGAUGAUUGUUGUUCGUCUUCAAUUGCUCCUACCGUGACCACCGCGGGGGUCGGCCCAGGAGGAGAUGAGAAGCAGCACGACGAAGUCGCUCGUGGACACAGGGUUGAAUGCGCUGUUUGCAAUGUCAGACUUGGCCCGCAAGCGAUGACCAUGCACUUGCAAGGAAAACCGCACCUCAAAAAGGUUGAGCACUAUCUAAUGGAAGAUUCGAAGCUUUCCUGGUGCCCAAUUUGCUCCGUCCCGAUGAGCUCGCUGAAGCAAGCUUACUCGCACUGCAUGUCGAAGCAGCACUGCGAGAAACUCGUCCGUUCCCAGCAAAGCUCUCAAGAAUCGAACUCGCACCAGCAGCAUUCAGGAGGAAACAAGCGAAAGUAUCAUAAAAGAAAUGAUCAUCAGCCAGCUUUUGUGCUUGAAUUCGCGCUAAAAGAAAGAAUCUUAGCGAAUGAUCGGAUGCGACAGAAUCAGCACAUUACUGGCAAUCCAGUCAGAUACAACAACAACCAAAACCGGGGAGGGAACCAAAAUGACUAUCCCGGAUCCUCUCAUCCUCCUCCUCCACCACCGCUUCAAAAGAAACAAAACAAAUUCGCCUGCUCUGUGUGCCAGGUAACGAUGAACUCGCAAAAGCAAUACGAAAACCACAUGCUUUCGCCGCGCCACAUCAACACGAAGAAUUCGCUGGAGAAAGUUGGCGGGGUCGGAAUGGCCAACAUGGCGCUCCAACAAAAUAUGACAAUAAGCGAGGCAAUCGGCCCCAAACGCCCUAAAUUUCACGAUCCUUACGCGUAA